AUGUUCACACUGCUUCCGUCACUCUAUUUUGCUGCAACAAAUUAUAUUCGAGGUUGGAAUGAAAGUAUACACCAUGAAAAUUAUGAUAAAAAGCAAUUUGAUUAUGAUUUAAUAAAACAGAAACUCAGUUAUUACGAUGUUAAAUCGUUACGGCAAGAUAACAACAUAAAAUCUGAGACAAAUGUAACAUCACAAACGUAUGUCACGUCCGAAAAUAACGAUAAUAUCGAUAAACAACAAUAUCAACAACAAACAAAUACUACAGUUAAACUACGAAAUAAUAAACGAGGAUCCAUAUUACUUGAACGACGAAAAACUUUUACGGGAAAUUUAACUGACGAUGAUUUAUUAUAUUUAAUGAAUGAAACAGGAUUUACACGAGAACAAAUUUUGGCUUGGCAUAGUGACUUUCUGCAAGAUUGUCCAGAUGGUAAAUUAUCAAAAGAAAAAUUUAUCGAAAUUUAUAGCCAGUUUUAUACGAAAGGACAAGUACAAAAAUUUUGCGAACAUGCUUUUCGUAUAUUUGAUAAAGAUGGAAGUGGAAAUAUUGAUUUUGUUGAAUUUUUGAUUGCCGUCGGUAUGACAUCAUCAAAAGAUCGUCAACGUAAAAUCGAAUUAUUCUUUUCCAUGUAUGAUAUUGAUAAUAAUGGAUUAAUUGAUGAAACGGAAAUGAAAUGUGUUGUUGAAUCAAUUUAUGAAUUGAUGGGUAUUGAUUAUAAUUCAACUCGUAUAGAUACAAAAGUACGUGAUAUAUUUUCAAGGACCGGUCUUGAUCAAAAACAUUAUCUAACAAAAGAUGAAUUUAUAAAAGCAUGUGAAAAUGAUCGGUAUAUUCGUAAAUUGUUGGGACCACAUACCAAAACAAAUUAG